UUACAGUUUACUGCAGAAAGAGAACAAAAUAACAGUCUUCCUUUUCUGGAUAUGUUAGUCCAUCGCACUCAAGAUAAUAGUCUCAGAACAGAAUGGUAUCGAAAACCGAUUUCUAGCAAUAGAUUCAUAAAUUACUAUUCGGAACAUCCUACACGAAUGAAAAUAAACCUAAUUUUGGGACUAAAAAGUAUAGUAACAAAAAUAUCUCAUCCAACAUAUAGAGAAGAGAGUUUGAAGAGACUAAAAAGAAUACUAAUGGAAAACUCUUAUCCGGUAGGACUACUUAAUAAAUUAAUUUUUAGUACUGCAACCUCUCCAGUUUCCAUCACAUUGACUGAAAAUCCCAACAAUAAAAAACAACCCACAGUGAAAACGGCAAGCCAAGUAAUGAACAAUAGUCCAACAGUUGACACCUUAGUACCAACAACACCACAAAUAUUUGGAUCUUUACCUUAUAUUCCUAUCUUAACACCAAAACUUCUUAAAUUAUUUAAAGGAUUCGAAAACAUAAAAAUUGCUACUAGAAACGUCAAAACUAUAGCACAUUUAUACACCAAAACUAAAGAUCCACUAACAACUAAGGAGAGUUCAAAAGUAGUGUAUCAAAUACCUUGCUCAGACUGCGAUAAGGUAUAUAUAGGAGAAACUUCUCGUACAUUACACAGCAGAAUCAUUUCGCACAGAAGUGAUAUUAACACAAACAAAUCACAAGCUUGUGCAUUAGCCGACCACUCAAUUAAUCUGAAUCAUUCAUUUAAUUUUUCACAGGCGUCAAUUUUAGAGAGGGUGAAAAAUGAGCAGAAGAGAUUAUUUGUAGAAAUGACACACAUCCAGAAAAAUAAAAAAUGCAUAAACAGAAAGUCAGAUAUAGACAAAUUGAGUAACAUUUAUUGCUAUAUAUUAGCAUAUCAACAAACAUUUGGCACAACAUCAUAAUCUGAUUUUGUAUCGUACAUUCCAUCAUUAAAAAUUCAUAAUAGGCUGAAAACAAAUUGACUGGACUAAUUUAUUUUCAUCAAAUUAACAACUAUAAUAAAAACAACUAUUGUUACUGGUUUUGCUUUCCUCCUAAAGAAAUGGUAAACAAUUCAUAUAAUGUUGAACAACGAACCAUGGAAACAACAUAAUGUUUUAGAUUGCUUUAAAUAUUUUAAUAUGUGUGUGAUUGUCCUUUUUUGUAAAGUUACAACUUUAUCUUUUAAUCUCACGACUAAUGUCUUGAAAAAGAAUUAAAGCAAUUCGAAAGCUUGACAGUAAGUCAAAGAGUUUUCUUUGUCUUGUGGGCCAAUAAAUAGACUGACUGCAUCCUCAAG